CGGCCGGCUCCCGUCGCGUCGCCCCGGUUCCUCUGUCUCAACGGACGCCCCGGCCCGGCCAUGGCGGACUUUGAUGAGAUCUACGAGGAGGAGGAGGACGAGGAGCGGGCACUUGAGGAGCAGCUCCUCAAGUACUCCCCCGACCCGGUGGUGGUGCGAGGCUCCGGCCAUGUCACCGUGUUUGGACUAAGCAACAAAUUUGAAGCAGAAUUUCCUUCAUCUUUAACUGGAAAGGUUGCACCUGAAGAAUUUAAAGCCAGCAUCAGUAGAGUUAACAGUUGUCUUAAGAAGAAUCUUCCAGUUAAUGUACGAUGGCUACUAUGUGGAUGCCUUUGCUGCUGCUGCACUUUAGGUUGUAGUAUGUGGCCAGUUAUCUGCCUCAGUAAAAGAACACGAAGAUCGAUUGAGAAGUUAUUAGAAUGGGAAAACAAUAGGUUAUACCACAAGCUGUGCUUGCAUUGGAGACUAAGCAAAAGGAAAUGUGAAACGAAUAACAUGAUGGAAUAUGUCAUCCUUAUAGAAUUUUUACCAAAGACACCAAUUUUUCGACCAGAUUAGCAUUUGAUUUAUUUAUAGAGACUUAUUCAAGUAUGUUGUCUUUCCAAUGGUGCCUUGCUUGGUGCUCUCCUGGUAGUGACAUAGCAUUGGUUCUACAGAGUCUUGUGGUGUUUUCAUUCUUUUUUUUUUUGUUUCGUUGGUUGUUUUUUUGUUUUGUUUUUUUUUUUAUAAGAACAUGUUCUAAGUGCAUUUAGUCAAACUCUGCUGAUUUCACACAGGUAUUAAUUACUACUUAAGUUAUUUUUACUUUUGCUACUUCUGUUAUUAAUGUAUCUUGAUUUUCAAAGAGUCUUUUAUAUGUGUGCGCGCGCGUGUGUACAUAUAUAUAUAUUACCAUAAAUACACAGCUGAAAAUUAUAUACAAGUGAACAGGUAUUUUUUUAUCCCAAUAUGACACAACUGAUUGACUGUACAUUGUGUAAGUCCUUUUAGUUAUUCAUUUACAUGCUGAAGUUCCUUCUAAGAUAUUCCUAAACUUCUGUCAGUGACUAGUCAAUUGUAAAUAUUUUUAUUUCUUUUUGGGAUAUUGGCUAGUCUCUUCCAGCAAAAGGAGAUAAAGUUCUUUUUGAAACUGUGCUUUUUGGAACCCAAAUGCCAUUGCAUUAGUAGAAAUCUCUGUGCUUUUCAUGAAGAAGUCCUGUCAGCUGGUUCUGAAAAAGUUCGGCUUUAAAAGUUAAAAAGAAGCAGCAAAAUGGAAUUAUUUUACUUGGAUUAGAAGACUCACUCAGAGAAUUGCAUGCAUCUGGUUAGUAGAACUCAAGAUCACAAAAAUAUAUUAGUAUUGCAUUUUAUAAAGUAGGUGUUUUAAUUCAGUCUAAUGCCAUGUAUCAGCUUUAUUCCUACUGUUUACCAGAACCUGUACACAGGGGUGCAGAAGGACUUGUUUUACUAAAACUUAUUGUCCAA